AUGAACGUGUUAGUAUACAAUGGACCUGGUGCUUCUGAAGAUUCUGUAAAACACGCGGUUCGCACUUUACGACACCUUUUGGAACCAUAUUACGCCGUUAGCACAGUUUCGGCUCGAGUGCUACAAACUGAGCCUUGGGCUGCUAAAACGUCGGCAAUCGCUUUCCCCGGUGGUGCUGAUAUUCCAUACAUAAGGGAAUGUACCCCGGUGCUCCCAUUGAUUAAAAAAUUCGUUUCACGGCAAGGUGGUGCUUUUAUUGGAUUCUGCGCGGGCGGUUACUUUGGAACUAGCCGCGUGGAAUUCGCCACAGGAGAUCCGAAUUUGGAAGUCGUCGGUGCGAGAGAGCUCAAGUUUUUCCCUGGCACUGGACGUGGGCCUGCGUUCCGAGGGUUUCGGUAUAAUAGCGAAGCAGGUGCCCGUGCGGCGAAAUUGAAAACGGAAGAUGGGGAUGAACUUUGUGUAUACUACAAUGGAGGUGGUGUCUUUGUCGAUGCUGAUAAGUUUGAUAACGUAGAAGUCAUCGCGACAUAUGCCGAUCCCAUUGACGUACCCUUUUCUGAAGAUCCCGGCUCUCCAAAUGGCGCUGCUGCUGCCGUUAUAUGCAAAAGCGGCAACGGUAAGGUGCUUCUAACAGGGCCACACCCUGAAUUCGUACCACAUCUCUUGCAAAAAAGUCUCGAUCAUCACUACAAUGACCAUGUUGUCGCCACAUUGUUGAAAGACGACCAAAAGAGAUUAAAAUUCAUGAAAGACGCUUUAACAAAGCUUGGAUUACAUUGCAACAGUGACUUUAAGGAUGUUCAGGCUCCUAGCUUAACUCCUAUGCUGAUAGCGGCUCCCGGUCAGCCUGAGAAGUUCGAAGAGCUCAAGCAGAAUUUAAUCCACCUUUCAAACCCAUCCAACAGUGGAUACCUAGUACUUGAAGGUGAAAAUGACACGUUCAAUGUAUACGACGGUUUGAAGUGGUUUGAGUCCGCUCAAAAAGCUCUGGUUGAUCAAGAGCCCGAAGAAGUGGCCAAAUGUAUCAUUUUACCAAAUACUAUCCAGGAUCUUCCAAACAAGCACAUAACUCCAAAUUUCGAUAUGGCAAAGUACUUUUCUUCUCUCAAAGCAAAGACUAACAUAGGCUCCAUUUUGAUGUACGGAGAAAUUAUCACAUCAACUAGUUCUCUGCUGGAUUCUAACAAGAGCCUAUUGAAGUGUUUCCCCCAGAAUUCUUUGCUACACGUUGGGACGAUUCAAGUGUCGGGUCGAGGCCGCGGCGGAAAUGUUUGGGUCAAUCCCAAAGGAGUUUCCGCUUCCACAGUGUGCAUCAAUCUCCCAAUGAGAUCGCCAACUACCAAUCGUCCAGUGUCUAUCGUUUUUGUACAAUAUUUGGCAAUGUUGGCAUACUGUAGGGCGAUUCUUGGCUAUGCACCCGGCUUUGAAGAUCUCCCAGUUAGGAUUAAAUGGCCAAACGAUCUUUAUGCCAUGAGUCCUGAUUACUAUCACUCCAAGAAGAUGCGACUUGUUGGUAAGGGUCAUCACGGGCAGAAGGUUCCCCUCAACGAUAUGGAACCUGCGUUCGUAAAAAUCGCUGGCCUUCUUGUCAAUACCAGUUUCAACAACGACAAUUAUUCCCUACUUUUGGGUUGUGGGCUGAACGUAACGCACGAGGGACCAACCACAUCGCUUCAAGCAUGGAUCAAUAUUUUGAACAAAGAACGAGAAGCUGCUCAGCUCGAACCACUACCUCCGAUUGAAAUUGAGAAAUUGCUUGCCUUCUACAUGAAUGAGCUAAAUCAUUUGGUUGAGGAAUUCCUUGCAAAUGGAACCGAUCGAAUUUUGCCAGAGUACUACAAACUGUGGCUACAUUCUGAUCAAAUAGUCUCAUUGAUGGACCAUCAGAAUGUUCGGGCAAAGUUAGUGGGGAUCACGGAGGACUAUGGUUUACUGAUAGCUAAGGAGCUAUACCCUGGGACGAAUGCAGAGUACACAGGAACUACUUACCAUCUGCAACCGGAUGGUAACACUUUUGACAUUUUCAGAGGAUUAAUUUCUAAGAAGGCGACUUGA